UUUGGGAUACAUUUUUUUUGUAAACUUCAUAUUUAUUUUGUUUAAAAUUUCAACACGAAACUACUUGUUUGAUAUUUGAUAAUUUGUGAUUUUUGUAUAUUAUUUAAUUUCUCGAUAUGUCGGAAAACGAGCACAAUUUCGACAGGCAGUUUGUCUGUGUAGAAUAUCCAGGGGUUGUACACAAUGACGACCUAAUGUUGAAAACUUUAGGAGGCAUAACAAAUAUUUCCAGGACGUACUCCAAGAAAAAUCGACGGCUGGAGCUUCGUUUCCGCCCGGACGAUGCGUACUGCAAGCCCACGUGUGGACUGCUGCACCACGUGUCUGCAGUUCUCCUGAAGGUCAAAGUGCGCAAGAAGCAGUCCCAGGACCCCUCAUCGUCAGAAGUUCCCCAGUACGACUGUACAGCCAUUGUCGUCGGUCAAGUUUCAAAUGUGUAUCGUUUCACAAACCUGUGCGACUUCCAGUACCUGCCCAUGCGGCGAGACGAGACGAGCGACGGCCGUAACGUGUGCAUCUACAAGGAGCUGGUGCCACACGGACUCCCCACGUCUGAUUGGCUCUACGCCGACGCCCCACAGUUCUUGACCCCAGCCGCGUUCUCCCGCAUGGACAACAUGCAGUCGUACCUGUACCGCAAGGAAGCUGCAGACGACUUCGACACCACUCCGCAAAACAUCAUUGGCUGCACGCGGAGGAAGCGUUCGGGACAUGCCAUGUUCGUGACCUUCGAUGUCGACGAGGUGCCGAGUGGACCUCGGGAGAUUGCACUUCAGUUGCUCAGCCUGAAAUUCCUCAAUGAAAAAUUUCUCGAUAAAAUAAAGGAGAUAUUCGACCAGCGGCCGGUGUGGUCCAAGAACGCCCUGAUGCACCUGACGAGGUUCAACAAGGACCAGAUCAAGUACCUGCUCCCUGCCGUGGCGUACUACUUCGUGACCGGGCCGUGGCGGGUGAUGUGGGUCAGGUUCGGCUACGACCCUCGGGCCGACGUGUCCGCGAGGAUCUACCAGACGCUGGACUACAGGCUGCGCGUCAGGGGUGGUUUGAAGACCAAGGUCAAGGCCAAGCGCAACUACUGUGACUACGUGUUGCCUUACAAGGCCGCACCUGUGUCCCAGACCAAGCAGGUCAUGAUUGGUGGCAGCAAAGAUUCUUCGUCCCAGAAAGUCGACGAGGAACAUCACUUUUCUGACAGGAACUACAUCUUCAGGGCGGGGAUGGUGCCACCCUCGCGUCAGAUGUUCUACCAGGUGCAGUUCACUCAUCACAGUGGGUACUGUGACGUGGACGUGCCAGAGAUCCAGGCGAUGCUGCGGAAGCUGCCGGAACCCCCGCCAGGCGCCGAGUGCCACGAGAAGCUGGGCUGGAUGCCGCCCGGCUUCGACGAGCAGUGCCGGGAGAUCGUCAACAACCUGGUCACCGAAGCUCUGCAGGAGGCGGAGGACAACGAAGGAGGUGUGGCAGCCCCACACCAAGCGAUGGACUGCAGCGAAUAGCUGCCACUGUGAAGUCACUGACUCGGGAAGCUUUGAACUGCAGUAUAGUUAAUUCAUCUCUGAACUAUGGUGCCAUUAUCAAAAAAAUUGUUUUUAUUUCAAAAUUCUGAUUAAUAUGUAUAUGUACAUCCUGUAUCAAUGCAACUGAAUACCCAAUACUACAUGAAAGUGAAGAAAGAAAGAAAGAAAGAAAGAAAGAAAAAAAACACAUGUUUAUGAUGUCUGGUGCAUUUACUCGUUGACAAUGUUUGAAGAGCUGUGAUAUAUACAUAAUUAAUUAAUUUCCACGUGUUUUUUUGUAUAAGAUGUGAACAGUCCUACUUUAGGUAAGCUUGGAAAAAAACUUUUCUGACAUUUUAUUGGAAAUGUUUUCAGUAGUGUUUGUUUAUUAACAAUCUUGAAUAACUCGAACUUUUUCAAUCACUUUACAAUAAAGAAUUACCAAUAAUAUUGGAAA